UUGUAAGCCGCGAACCGAUGCGCGCACUUUCGAGUUCUCUCAGUCCGCUCGAUUUUUUCUCAUCGUACCGCCUCGCGUCGAUUAAACAUCGUGCGGGACGAAUCCGAGUUUGGAAAAAUAAAACUAAGUCAUCGAUACAUCUCCGACGAGUUAAUUAGCAUUUCGCGUAGUUUAAAAACUCCAAGGUAUAUAAAUAUAUACAACUAAACGAUACACGAGACCAGUUUAAUUGAAGGACGAUCGUUUUACCUCGAUCCUUCUAACGAUGCUGUGACACUGUGGUACAAACCGUGAUCUUUACAAGGAAUUUUUAUUUUAUAUGUACUCCUCCAGCUGCUAGUCUUCAGAGAUAGCGAACGCCGAUGGACCCAGCAACCGGGGCCAUGCUGGCCCUACAGAUCCUCGCCUUGUGCUCCAUAGUCGCGGCCCUUCUCGCCUACCUGGUUAGGCAGUCGCGGAACGCGUCGAAUGAGUUCGACGUCAGGAGCAAGAGGUACGUUCUGGUGACGAGCUGCGACAACAGCGUUGGACUCCAGAUUGCCAUCGCCCUGGCCGAGGCGGGAUACAAGGUGUUCGCCGGGCUGCUGGAGCCCGAGGGGACGUCCCCGUCGGCCAAGAUCAUCCGGGCGCUCGACGAUCAGCGGAAAAAGGAACCCGCCUUGACGGAAAUAGCCGAGGACGGUGCGACGGCCCUUGCCCAGGGACAGAUCGUCCCCUUGGAGCUUGACCCGACCAGGGAAGACAGCCUCCACGCCUGUCUGGACGCGGUGAGAGCCAGACUUCCGGCCGGAGAAGACGGACUGUGGGCGGUUGUGCAUACAGGCGGACUCGCUUUAGCGGGUGUGAUAGAGCGGCAGGAGAGCUCUGCCUGGGAAUGCAUGCUUCGACACAAUCUGGUGGCCCCGUUGAGGACAGCCAGAGCCUUUAUUCCGUUGCUGCGUGCUAAAAGAGGUCGCAUCGUUCUGCUCGGUGACUCCGAGGCCACAUUUUCGAGGGUGCCUGGGUUGGUCGCCUACAGCGCGUCCCGGCGUGGCGUCGAGGGUGCAGCCGAGGCGCUAAGGGCGGAACUCCUGACGUCCGGAAUAUCGGUUGUCCUCUUGAAGCCGCCCCCAAUCAACCCUCUCGUUCUCUACGGACCACCGAUCCUCAAAAGAAUCGACGUGGAAUCUGGAGUUAAGGGCGCGGAAGGUACGUGGACUGCGCCCCUGCCAACGAAAGCAAUCCGGCACUCGUUGACGCCAGCGUUGGGCUCCCCUUGUCCACUUCCAUCUUACAACAUGGCUUCGAAACCACGUAGCUUAUGUCUGUUUGGAACCGACUGAAUUCCAAUUUCUUUUUUACUAACCACCUUCGAAUUUUCGAAUUUCGAUCGACAACGCGCCAGUUCGCGGUUACUAAUGAUAUGGCCAUAAUUAAUAGUAACGCUACUGUAACCCCAGGUUUAUCGAGGGGGUGUAUUCAAAUCUUCAAAAGGGCAUCAAGGACAGAAUUGAACAGAGUAUAUAAUAGGACUUACGGUUAUUUAGUACAUUGCUAAGUUUCGAAGUGCGCAAAAAUACAGGAUUCGGAUCCGCAUAUAACUGAAGAUUUUUGUAAUUUUCAGCUUAAAAGUGUUUUACAAUAUGCGUAAGGAAAAUUCUCACAAAUAUUGUAAACACAAUAAGUAUAAAUUGGUCUCAUAUUUCUGAAUUACGAGAAACACGGCUCACGGUACAUAACUUUGACAUUUCGAAGGCUGGCGUUCACAAUCAGACAGAGCCUUGCUUUGGUAUCAUUAUGCUCCAAGAGGGGUAACAACAACGGCUCUGAAUCGACUCUAUAAAAUCCCUUUUGCGGUGCGCAUCCCCCCUCGAGACACGUGUAAAAUAUGUAAUUAUGUUAUUGUAUGUACGUAUAUGUAAUAUCAGUCGUUAUAAUACUGUCAUAAACAUAUUAUAUUGUUUUUGUCAAUAAUACACAUAUAAAAUUCAGAUAA